UGGCAGCCGGGCAUGUUGAGCCUGGUCUGCGGUUGUCUCGUUAGGCGGAGGAUUAUUUUUUAAUUGAAUGGUUACUGUUCUGGAGUAAUAGAAUGCUCAGCCUACCACCGGCUGGGUUCUGGCUGGAGGAGGAGCUCACAGCCUGCAAUAAAUAGCGGAUGAUUACGUUGAAGGGAAAAUAUUUCGAAGAGUUAUCCAUCGGUCUGGGAACAGUCUCGAAGGAAAUAGAGUCCAGUGUACUUUACGCCUCACGCUUUCAUUCGUCAAAUCCUUUUGUGAUAUUUUGGCGACCCCGUAAUUCGAUUCCAAAUGACUCGGUAUGUAAGCAGCUGUUUCAUUACUCUGGUCGUUCUGUUCCUUUGGCGGGUCGAAGACAUCGCAGACGCUUGCAGAUGCCUCCCUCAGCAUCCUCAACAGGCUUUUUGCAAUGCAGAAAUCGUGAUCAGGGCGAAGGUGGUUGGAAAGAAAGCGGUGUCUAACGCCAUCAAGUAUGACAUCGAACAGAUCAAGAUGUUCAAAGGUUGUGACCAGGUUAUCCACGCCAUCUUCACUUACACCACUUCGUGCAGCAUGACUCUAGAAAUCAACAAGGAGUAUCUCUUCACAGGCAAGCUGAAGACUGGAAGGAUGUCUAUAACACUGUGUGGCUAUAAUCCGCCCUGGGAGGACUUGAGUGCUGCACAAAAGAACAGCUUGACUCACCGCUACCAAAGCGGCUGUGAUUGCAAGAUCAUCCACUGCACUUCCCUCCCCUGUCCAAUCAGCACCUCGGAUACAUGCCUGUGGACAGACUUGGGAACCGACAAUGGCCAAAACCUUGCCUGUAUCAAGAGGCAAGAUGGGUCCUGUGCCUGGUACAAGGGGAUAGCACUACCCAAGAAGUAGUUCCUGGAUAUUGGAGACUCCUAAACUCUACAGGCCAUCCACUCACUGCUCAGUGACUAAAGAUGCCUGCAAUUAAUACAUGAGUAAACACACCUACAAAUGCAAGUUGUUGUGAUUUUUAAAUUGUUUACUGGUCACUUCUACAAGUGCAAUUUAAAAUAAACAUAUAUAGCACUCAAGCUAAUUUCUUAUGUCAUUCAUUUGUCACUUGUUUUUAAACUGGAACCAAAGGUGUUAUUGAAACCCCAAAUCGUUUUCGAUAUGCUUGUCUGUAAAUGGAACAGUGUUCCUGAAAUACCAUAAAGCCUGGGAUGCAUUGAACAGGGUGUAAUGUAUAAAUUUCAGAUGGUAUGUUCUAUACAUGAAUAACAGUGUCUUCUGACAUGAAAGGAAUCAUGUCGGUUUGAAUGGAAUCUCUCUCUAACAUUAAACAUUUGUCUACUGAAUGUGGCUCUUCAGCAGUUUGGGGUCUAAACCAAGGCUUCAGCAUUGUAAUGUCAUUGACCAAAUAAAGCCACUUAGCUUCUUUCUUCCUUGCUUUA